UAGUCGCUCCCUUACUGCCUACAUACCUACCUAUCUACCUACCUAGGUACCUAUCUACCUAGCUCCUAACCUAGGUAGUCCCGGCCAGCCAGCCUUUCGCUUGAGCACAAGGCGAUCCUAGUUCUACUGCCGCUGCUACUGCCGCUGCUACUACCACUGCUGCUUCUGCUACCUACUACUGCUAUUACUACCGCUACCGCUGUUGCGUGAGUCGUGCCCUCCGAACAGCGAACCCGACUCGCUCUGCCGACCGGGCGGUUUUGCAUUCUUCACUCUCACAAUACCUUACCUGUCUGUCUCGCCUUGCGCGCAACUUUCCCACUCACUCUUCGGUUCCUUGAAACGCCGCUCGUUUCUCGCCAAUAUCGAGCUUCUCACCCCGACGUUUUCCGUCGACAGCAUCCGACUCCCUGCCCCAAACGGACUGCACUCAAGGGCGCCGCCUCCCCUCUCAUCGUCGCCUUCAAGCCACCCUGAACCGGUACACCACCGACCGCUUGCCGCCGCCGCCGCGGCCGCGUACACAGAAGCCUGCGCAGCUGUGAAAUCCAGGCCCAAUCGGAAAAGGACGGCAACGACGAUAGCGACGACGACGGCGACGACGACGACGACGACAAGAACGACGACACGAUCCAGACAAAGACAGACAGACAACCGCUGUACCCCGAGAGCUGGCGCCCGCCUCCAUGUUUCAUCCCGCGGCUCAUUCUCAGGGUCCAAGGUUUGUUGGAGUCGCAGCCAGAGCGACAUUCACUGCAGCUCUCGUUUUCUCUUGAGCCCCUCGCUCCUCGCUCUUCGCUUCUCUCUCAAUAUCCAUCUCUGUUACCCGCCAAAAUCUCUUUUCCUCCCUCGCCUACCGUCGCGACCUUGAGGGCUCCCCCUCCCCCGCCACAGCCGCCCACCACCAUGCCGCUCAUCAACGGCCAGAAGAUGGCCUGCGAGCCAUGUAUUCGUGGUCACCGUUCCACGAAAUGCACACACGCGAAUGAGCGUUUAAUGGUCCCCGUACGAAAGCCCGGCCGCCCGCUGAGCACAUGUCCUCAUCCGCCCGCCCGCGGCUGCGGCUGCGGCAGUGUGACGGCCGCCAUCCCGAGGAAGCAGAAGUGCGGCUGCGGCUCGAGCAACGGCACGCCCACCACCGAGUCGCCGGGCCUCGUCAAGGCAGAGUCGCCCGCGAGCGAUGUUCCGCCCAUGUCCCCAACCAAGGCCCCCGCCGCCUCCUUCCGAGUCCAGAAGACGGCCGCCAAGUCUGCCAGUCGCAAGCAGUCCUUCGACCCGGCCAACCUCGAGAGGAUGGACGCUGCCAACAUCAACCUCCUGCCGCCUUACGACAUGGCGCAGUCGAACCAUAUCCCCCAAGUCACCGUCGCCGCCAUGCCGCCCAUCCCCGCCCCGAGACCGACAAUGGAGUACAGCGCCAUGCCCAUCAUGCCCGGCGUCAACGGCAUCAACGGCACCUAUCAUCACCCCAUCAUGUACCCCAUGUUCACCCAGCAGAUGACCGCCCCCAUGUUCCCCCACCGGCCUCCAAUGUCGAUGUCCCGGACGAACGGCGCCGCCUCGGCAACCAGUACGUCAAAGCCGGCGCCCGCUCCCGCACCAGUGGUCGCUACGAAUGGAGGCUCCUGCUGUUCAGGCAAGGCCAAUGGGGCCGUUAAGCCCACCCCUCCGCCCCCGUCACUCACGAGCACCAGCACCGGAGGCUCGUGCUGCUCGGCGCCGAGCAAGGCCGAGGGAACCUCUACACAACCUUCGAGUGUCAGCUCGAGCCCAAAGACACAACCGAAACCGAAGACGGGCGGCUGCUGCUCGAACAAGGCGCCCACGAUAGACACCAACGUAGGGACGAACGGACACCACAUGGCCAAUGACCACAUGUCGCCGUCGAGCGCCAUCGCCAUGUCGCCCUUCCAAACACCAAUCGGCAUGCCGCAGGGCAUGUACCAGUCCUACUUCCAACCAACCAUCUUCACCUACCCACCGCAGUAUGGAUCCUUCAUGUCGCCGCUGCAGCCCGAGCAGUGGAAGCAGACGAUGGAGGCGCUGCAGUACGGCCAGCCCAUGCCGCAGCCUGCGGCGUACGCCAUGCCGCCGAACCCGCUCUACACGCCUAACGGCACGGCAUCGACAAUACCCGAAUCGACGUCACACACGUGCGGCUGCGGCGACGGCUGUCAGUGCGUGGGCUGCGCAGCCCACCCUUACAACGACGCGACGCAGGAUUACGUGCGGUCUGCCUACUUCAGCAUGCAAGAAGACUCUUACGGAGUGACAAACGGAGCUAACGGUGUAAACGGACACUCGGAGUCUGUCGUGGCAAACGGAACCGGAGUCCAUACGAGUGGAGACGCUGGCGGCUCUCCGCCCGCGCCGCAGACGCCUUCGGACGCUGCGUCGGGGCUGAGUGAAGAACAGGCGCUCUCGGCCAGCGACUUUUUCUUCGUCACUUACCCCUUCAGCGGGGAGGGAUGCGCGGGUGAGACAUUGUCAUGUCCCUGCGGGGACGACUGCCAGUGCCUCGGCUGCUCGAUACACAACAACUCGCCGGUCCCCGAGUCAUGACGCGGAAUUUGGGUCCUGUGACGGACGGAUGGCCGGGGAAGGGUUUCGCGGAUGGCAAGUAGGCUUCUGCGUGAAAUGCUUUUUUUGAAACCACAAACCUAGUUCGACGACGACGUACGAAAGGGACGGAUCGGCUUUUUUUCUUCUCCUUUUUGAUUCUCUUCCUCUUGGGGGGUGGUUAGGUCGGCAUUGGUCUGCCGUGAUAUGGCUUGCAUCUGCGGUGUUAUUUGUGAAAGACGAUACCCCACACUGGCUCUGUCGCAGAACCUAUAGAGAUUAUUAUUUUGACGGUCCUUGGAUGGCUGUAUUGCAC